AUGCUUUGGGGACGAUCAUCUGAUAAAAAACAAGCUGCACCGGUUGCAUCUGAAGGUCCUAGUUUUGAAGAUCAACUACCUACUUUACGAGAAUUUCUACGUGAAUAUAAUCGUAUUGCUGAAGUUUGUUUCAAUGAUUGUGUCAAUGAUUUUACAGGUCGAACAACAACAACAUCUGAAAUUUCAUGUGUUAAUAAUUGUUUGGAAAAAUUUCUUAAAGUAACACAACGCUAA